AUGUUUACAAAUCGCACUGUCGAGGGGUGCAAGGUGGACAUUGUCAUGCCACCCAAGGAGAGGCAGUAUCUAGAGCAGGAUGUGAUCAAUGAUGGACAAGGAAUUGAUGCUCUCUAUGAGGCUCUGGGCAACACCCAAGUUCAAAAUGCCAAGUCCUCGGUUGAGAGUGACAGGCUGGCCAUUCUGAACAAGGUAGAGUCAGAUGUCGGAUUCCAAGCACUCAACAAUGAAGUGAACAACUUGUUGCGGGGGUGGAUGCAGGGUGCCCUCGCUCAGUUAGUGGAGACUAGAGAAAACACCAAUGAUGAGAAAUAUGUUGACUUUUGCAACCGAAUUGGGAUUAUCUUGAGCAAGAAUGGAGAAUCUAAUGCAGCCAUGAAACUCUAUGAGACUGCUCUGGCAAUUUGUGAUACUGUGUUGGUAGAGGAAGCUCUUGCCAUUAACUUGUCCGCGUUGGGCAAGACUCAUCCUGAUGUGGCAACCACUUUCAAGAAUAUUGGGCUUGUUUUGGACAAAAUGGGUGAUUAUGAAGGUGCUUUGGCAAAGUACAAAGAAGCUUUGGUCAUCCAAGAGUCAGCAUUAGGCAAGAAUCAUCCUCAUGCUGCACUUACCUACAACAAUAUUGGACUCGUAAUGAUGAAGAUGGGUAAUUAUGAUGGCGCCUUGACAAAGUACAAAGUAGUGCUUGCCAUUCGACUGUCAGCAUUGGGCAAGGAUCAUCCCGAUGUUGCAACCAGCCACAACAAUAUUGGGAAUGGGCUGUAUGCCAAGGGCGAAUACGAAUGGGCUUUGUCCAAGUACAAAGAAGCUCUUGCCAUUCGAUUGUCAGUAUUGGGAAAGAACCAUCAUGAUGUGGCAAACACCUACAACAACAUUGGAUGUGCUGUAUGCAAGGCUCUUGCUAUUCGCUUGUCAACAUUGGGCAAGAAUCAUCCCUCAGUGGCAACCACCAACAAUAAUAUUGGCUGUGUUUUGCAAGAGAUCAAUGACUGUGAAGGUGCUUUGUCAAAUUACCAGGAAGCUCUUGCCAUUCAAUUGUCAGUUUUGGACAAAGAUCAUCCCGAUGUGGCAAGUAGUUACAAUAAUAUUGGGCUUGUGAUGCAGAAUAUGGGUGACUAUGAUGAAGCCUUGCUGAAGUUUGAAGUGUGCCUUGGCAUUCUAGUUGAUUUGUUGGGCAAGGAUCAUCCAGAUGUGGCAACUGCUUGUGGAAAUAUUGGAUCUGUUCUGUGGAGUAAAGGCGACUUCGAAGGUGCUCUGUCAAGUUACAAGGAAGCUCUUGAAAUUAGAUUGCCAGCCUUGGCAGAACCAUCCUGA